AUGGAGGACGUCAGGCUAGGAGAGAUUCUGCAAGGGAGGCUAGGAGGGCAGUUGGAAGCGGAGAGGGGCGUGCGCGAGAUCCGCAAGAAGCGUUUGAAAGGAGAUGUUGCCGCGGCGAAGGAGCGAGCGAAAACCGCAGAGCUGACGCUGGCGACUAUCUCGGGACUUCUCAAGAUUGAACAGGAAAACGUCAACAACCUCAAGGCAGAGAACGAGCGCCGCCAAGCCGAGGUUUUGAACGAGGGGGCGUUCGGAACGGUUACCGUGGUGGAGCACGAAGCGCACGGGUCGUUCGCCCUAAAGGAAGUGUCACCGGACGCUGCCAAGGAAGUGGGAUGGGCUGCUAUGCAGGAGGUUCAUAUCCUUAUCGACCUGAUGGGCCACGACAAUAUCAUCGGCCUCAAGGGCUUUGACCUCACGAUUCGGUCAAUGCCGAUCUUGAUGGAACUGGCCACCUGCGACGCCUUCGAUGUGCUGGAGGGGGGAUACUUUUACUCCGUUCUGCAGAAGGCCAGGAUUAUGCGGGAUGGCGUAUGCGGCCUCAUCCACAUCCACAGCUUCGACUUGGUCCACGUCGACUUCAAGCCCGAGAAUCUGUUGGUGGUGAAGACCGGAAGAGAGCGGCGGGGCAAGGUCACCGACUUCGGCCUUUCACGAUCAAGAGGCACGAUGAGGCCGUCCAUGACCGGGACGGCCACGUACAUGCCGCCUAAGAACCUGACAGCGGACAUGCCGGCCGACUUCGAUCAGGACGCCUUCUCCGCCGCGGUGGUAACCCUCCUGAUGCUGCUGAAGCCUACCAUUCAGGCGAACAACAUAUUCGCGCUCAACUCACUUCUGACGGAAGAAGAGGCGGAGCGCGCCAUGCUGAUCGACCGACGCGAUGAAGCUGCGGAGGUCGCCUUCCAGACUGAAGUCAUGAAGAGAACAUUAGCGGAUGGAUCCUUCGAGAGGAACGUCCUCGUGCCAAAGAAUCUACACCACGCGGUACCCUCGCCGGAGAAGGUAUGCCAGUGGCUGAAAGACGGUCUCUCCGUGGACCCCUCCAACCCCCCAAGCACGAAGGAUCUUUUCGACAACCUCAACGACUUGAUCGAGCGAUUGACGGGAAACUGAGGGUGGACGUCCUUGCACGGCGUUUGUCUACGAACGCGCUGGGAGAUGGUCCGUAAUAAUAUGGUGUCGGUUUGGCCACACACGGCAAUAAAAAAAGGCAUUGGCCAUGGGCGUUGCUGGACGUCAUGGUCGGUCGUUCUGGUAGCACUCACUCGUGGUUCGAGGAAGGAGGGACGAAGACGAUUGAUGUGGCGGAUCAAGGGGGAAUGCACGACGAGAACCGCGUGUGCUUGUGUCGUUGCUGUUACUGUGUGUGAGAUUUUCUCGUUCAAGUACUUGCGCUUCCGAGGCUACGCCUGCACAAUCCUGGCGCUUGGCCCAAAAAACACAUAUGUAGUGAUUUGUUUUCGUUCACUGCUCACGUCGCCAUUGUGAGAAGUAAGGGUCAUUGGAUACCACCAGCAGAGAGGAGAGUGACUGCAGCGGGUUUGGUGCUUGACAGUGGACCUCUUGCAACAGGGACUGGACCAAUCCCCUACACUGUACCAUGUUCCGAAUACACUUCGGGAAACGGUGAUGUUUCUUCCUCCCUCUGUCUUUAUCGUGGUGCGUGCUUAGCUGAGAGUUGUUUCAGGAGCAAAGGCCAAUGAAUUGUUGUGACCUGCUAUGAGUAGAAGAAGCCGCAUCUGCCCUUUCAAAGCCUGAACAAGGCUGUGGUUCACGCACGGGUUACAGAUUGUUAAGCCUCCAGGCACCGGGUUCGUGAUUGGCACAGGGUUCCAUGGAGUUCAGAGUGAAAAUCAUAGUUGUUCGGUUUGAUGUCAAGUACGCAUAGGUGGGUUGAAUGUGAUGACCUACACACACUACGUACAUUGAUUUUUGUCGAAGAAGUAUGUGUGGAAACAAAAGUGGAAAAAAUAUCUUGGAAAUAUAGUCUAGCUGUUAUUGUGAACGAAGUAUGUUCACUUCGUCGCGCCCCCCUUGAUCGAUGUAGUAGUUGGCCUCCCACCGGCGAUGUCGACGUCAAAGUGAAGGCCCAACGCUUCUCUGUGAGUAAUGGUGCGUGCGUG